ACACACCUGGGUGAGGAGAGUCAUCUGAGUGGUUGGUCCACUUUGAGGUUUGCAAUGGGGACAGUAGAGCUAUUGCUUUGUGUUUUUGUUGGCCAUUUUAUUGCUGCUCAAUCAGUGAUAAAUGAGCAGGAUGCCAUGUUUUUCCAGGCUCUUCCUGGAUUUUUUGAAGACAUCGUGCCUUUUCCAUUUAAAAGAAAUUUUGAUUUCACGCCAUAUGACACCAUCUUCAGCUCAUGGCAAACUCGGACCCCUGACUUUCACAUGCUUGCUGAAUUACCUCCCAUCGUGAACGUUCCCAAAAUAGAGGUGUUUUGCGAUGAAUCUAAGCUAACUCUGCUGGUGGAUAAGAGAUCCAAUGGUGUCACACUGACUGGAGAGGAGAUACAGUUGGGUGAUGGCUGCUAUAGUAACGGAGCGCUACCAAACCAAUUUGUCUUCACUUACAGUUUAGAUGAGUGUGGAACUACACUUGGGAUGCAGAAGGGCUUGGAGAUGUUCACCAACUCUCUCCACUUGAAUCUCAAAAAACCUCCCACCACCUGGUGGCAAACGCCUUCCACAGUGCAUGUCUCCUGCAUCCCAAAGAGGUCAUACUAUAAUCCAAACUUCUUUGUCUCAACGGCAAUUCCUGAGAAGGGCAAGAUCUUUAACAUCAAAGCCAUGAAUCCAUUCUGGACUAGCACUGCAGAGUCUAAUAUCUAUAAAAGAGGCCAGGUUGUCAACCUCCAGGUUUCUGCCAAAACCAGGCCUGAGCAGCAGCUUUUCAUCCAGUCCUGUUUUGUCUCUGCAUCUCCUGAGCCUCAGACUAGACCCAGGCAUGCAGUCAUAAUGAAUAAAGGGUGCACAGCCCCGUUCCAUUCUCCUUAUGCUAUCGUACAAUUUGUGUCCUCCAAAACAGCGGAUGUGGUUAACUUUGUUCUGAACACAUCUUAUCUCAUUUCUGAGCUGUACAUCCACUGUAGUGUCCUCAUCUCAGACCAGGGUGUCACCUUUGGCUCUAAAUCCUGCAACUAUAAUGUGAUCCAGUCAAGAUGGGAGGACCUAAGUGGGACUGUAGCAGUGUGUGAGUGCUGUAGCUCAAAGUGUAAAGGCUUGUCAGUUAAGCACCUUCCUGAAGAUACCAAGGCUAUCGUCAGCACAGGCCCCUUGGUCAUUGUGGACAAAGAUGUAAGGAAAAGUCCUGAGCCUCCGAUCUCUGAACCACAAGAAACCUCCAGCACUCCUGUUACCUACUCCAUGCAGUCUGAUGGUGCAGAGACUGAGGAUGCAGGUGUCUCUGGUACUCAUGUAUCGAGAAGCAAGUUCUUCUCUCCCCCUCAGGGUGUAGUGGUUGUGAGUCAGGACCCACUUGCCAGACUGACCCUGUGGGUACCUGGACAGGUGCAAGAUGCUGAACAGAGUGACCCUCAAGACAACUUGACUGUUCAGUUACAGGCCAGCGGCACAGUAUCCAAUGACCUUCCUGAGCCGCAUCCUUCAUCCACAGAUCAGGAGUCCCUUCUGAAUACAUCCAAGAUUGGAGAUCAAAGUGCAAAUGAACUAGGAAGUGAAGAUCACAUGUGGGAUUUGGAUUUUCUUCCACUGGUUAAUGGAUUUGUAAUUCCCCCACAUGUGGAAAAAACAGCUAUUGCAGAGGAAUCUCAAGGAAAAAGGUGGUUUGGAAGAUCUGGAAUGUUUGGCACAGAGGCUCAACAAGAGGCUGAGACGACUGCAAAUGUCCUAAACCAGAAUAAUUUUGAUCAAAUGAGAGACGAGCUGGCUCAAAGUCAUGCAGCUGUGAUGCCCCAAGAAGGACCAAAUGAUGCCCGACCAAUAAUUCGCUCAAAACUUCAGUUUUCCAAAGGUGCAGAUGGGUCGCAGACACUGAGUUAUGAGGAAGAUAUGGUGACGCAACAAGAGGAAAACGGUGUGAUCAGAAGAUCUGGUAUGGAUGGAAUUAAAAGAGAGGCCAGACAAAAAGGGUUGUUCUCAACUUUCCUCGAUUUGUUGAGGAGGAUGGACAAAGCAGAAUAACUUCAGCUUAACAAUAAUUCAUAGGUUUUAAUGAAUAAACACUGAGCAAAAAUCCA